AUGAGAUUUAUGACGAUCCUCGGUGUCUCCGAUAGCUGCCUAGACUCAAUCUCCAGACGAAACGCUGAAUUGGAGUCAUACGAGUCCCCUGAUCGUUAUGAUGGAUACUCGUGGAAUCAUGAGUAUGAUCAUCAACCUAGCUCUGUGCAAAAAAUAUUGGACGCUUAUGAUUCCCUCCUUCUUUGCGUCUGGUUGGGAUACUCUAUCGUGAGCAGGACUCAUAGAGGUUUGCUUGGGGUUGGCCACACAGCCAGAUAG